AUGAGCAUCCUCUGUGACUGCUUCGCUCUGUUGACCACCAUUGAUGCUUCAUUGGCCUGUGGUUUCCAUGGUAACUGUCUCAAGGCCUUUGUUGGUAUUGGAGAUGAGCAAAGUUUGGUAGCGUCAAAAAAAACAGAAAACCCUCAAGGAGAAAAAGCAUCAUCACCCUCUGACUUCCUUGACAAGCUCAUGGGAAGAACCUCAGGUUACGAUGCCAGAAUUAGGCCCAACUUUAAAGGUCCGCCUGUGAAUGUAACAUGCAACAUAUUCAUUAACAGUUUUGGCUCCAUUGCAGAGACAACUAUGGAUUACAGAGUGAACAUAUUUCUCCGGCAGAAGUGGAACGACCCUCGGUUAGCUUACAGCGAGUACCCAGAUGACUCCCUGGACCUGGAUCCCUCAAUGUUAGACUCCAUUUGGAAGCCUGAUCUGUUCUUUGCCAACGAGAAGGGAGCACACUUCCAUGAGGUCACCACUGACAACAAGCUCUUGAGAAUAUUCAAGAAUGGAAAUGUCCUCUAUUCAAUCAGACUGACUCUGACGCUCUCAUGUCCGAUGGAUCUGAAGAAUUUCCCCAUGGAUGUGCAGACGUGCAUAAUGCAGCUGGAGAGUUUUGGCUACACAAUGAAUGACCUGAUCUUUGAGUGGCAAGAGAAGGAUUCUGUACAGGUGGCCGAAGGUUUGACGCUCCCACAGUUCAUCUUCAAGGAUGAUCCUGAUUUAAGAUACUGCACCAAGCACUACAACACAGGCAAGUUCACAUGCAUCGAGGUACGUUUUCACCUGGAAAGACAGAUGGGCUACUACCUGAUCCAGAUGUACAUUCCCAGCCUGCUCAUCGUCAUCCUGUCCUGGGUCUCCUUCUGGAUCAACAUGGAUGCCGCUCCUGCCCGUGUUGCCCUGGGAAUCACCACAGUGCUCACGAUGACAACUCAGAGCUCUGGAUCCAGGACAUCCUUACCUAAGGUGUCUUACGUGAAGGCAAUUGAUAUCUGGAUGGCUGUGUGCUUGUUAUUUGUCUUUUCUGCCCUGUUGGAGUAUGCUGCAGUCAACUUUGUUUCACGGCAACACAAAGAACUAUUACGAUUCCGACGGAAAGCCAGGAAGAAGUCUGGCAAGGAGGAGGAUGUGCAGGAGAGCCGGUUGAGCUUCACGCCCAAUGCAGGGAAAGACGGAGCCGUGCCCAAAGCUGCUAAUAAUGCGGCCACAACACCCUCUGACCCAACCCUUACUGCCGGCAAGAGUCAUGAGGAGAUGAGGAAACUCUUCAUCGACCGAGCCAAGAAGAUCGACACUGUGUCCCGUGCCGGAUUCCCACUGGCCUUCCUGUUUUUCAAUAUUUUCUAUUGGGUCCUUUACAAAAUCCUACGUCACGAGGACGUGCACAAGCCAUAGAUGGAACAUGGCGUGUUGCACCUUGGGAGGUACGGUUGUAACACAGCAAAGCUGCAUCAAUGAACUCUGAUGUUUCCUGCCAAGAUCUAUGCUAAAAUGACUAUGAAAAACUGUGAUGUCAAGGACCGGUGGUUAAUUUCAAUAGUUUGUUUGUGUUAUACACCCAUACGAAGACACUGCACUCACUAUGCAAUGGAUAGGUAUCCGUAGGGCCUCUGACACACCUGUCCCACAACAAAAGUGGUCAGCACUUCUACACACCUGUUUAACACAGAAACACAGUCCAAUAGUGACUACAGCCCCUCGUAGUGACAUAUGCGUGUCUUGCACUGGUUUUGUCGACUCUGUUGUCUUACAGCUUUAUUGCCAAUGUUCUGUGUUGUAUUUUUGAUAUACAUCUAUUGAAAAAUGGCAAGAGUGCAAGAGCAGAAAUGUAUAUUAUACAGAUAUCCAAACACAAACUACUAAUAUUGAUUAUUUUAUAAGGAAGAGUUACCUAGUUUUUAUUAGCAGUAAUGUGUCCCCGAACAUUUUGUCCCAACCUGAUUGUUGACCAGCUCUAGAAACCAGCAUCCAGGCCAAAAACAUUCUGAGCUAAAUCUCAAGAAUGACCCUGAACCAGCAAAGAAGACAAUUGUGUUUACAGCCAACUAUAUGAACACCUUAACAUUAACUGCUUCAAGGAAACACAUUUUGAAAACUUUAAUGGGUAGCGUACUGUCAGUACCCAUUAAGAAAUUGAAACCAUCCUUCAAGUUUUUCCUCAAACAAAAGCCGUAUUGUUCGAAAACCAUUGCUCACUUCAAACUAAUGAUGCCACGGCAAUAUAAUGCGGCUGGGAGUGAAUAAUGUCACACAUGUGUUGCAAAUUCAUGGAUGGAGAAAUAAAUUCAAGGAGGGCUUGUUAGGAUAAUGUUGCAGUCAAUGAGUUUUCUGAGACAAGUCCUCAGUCAAAAAAAUGUAAUGCGAAAAAAAUGUAAAUGAGAUUCAUUAUUAUGAACAUAAUUAGAGUGGUUUUAAACUAAUCUGACUGCAUGUAUGGUGAUUGUAUAACUAUGAAUUCUGAAUAGACAUUAUUAAAUUAUACUAAAAGAGAAUUAUAUUUAAUUCUGCCUCUGAAGAUAUCC